GCUAUAGGUGAUGGCCCGUCGGAGUUGAGGUCGGAAUAGGUGAGGGUGUAUUUGGGGAAGUAGUUUUUUAUGUCGUUGAUGUAGUUUUCGUAGGAGCUACAUGAGGCAAUGAAGCAACCGACGGCGACUCAGUCACCGAGAUUAGAUCUUGUAACUUGGAUCCUGACUUUGGUGAGCUGGCCGACAAUUCUAUGAAUUUGAAGCCAAUUCCACAGCAAAGCCGUCAGGAACGAACUGGAGGCUCAAUUAGCCGAUUGGAAUGCUACAAGUGCCAUGGAAAAGGGCAAAAAUCCUUCCAGUGCCCCAAUCUGAAAGCACUAAUCCUGCGAGAUGGUGAGUACUAUUUGGAGGACGAAGAAAAGGAAAAGGGAGAUGAAGAAGAGGUCACGGAUGAGGAGGUAGAUGAGAACAUUGAGAUGGAACCUCAAGGAAGGAAUCUCCUCAUCAAUAGAAGAGCCCUCAUCGUUGAGGCAGUAUUCGAAAUGCAAUAGAGGGAAAAACCUGUUCCACACGCGUUGCACAAUUCAAGGGAAGACAACUUCAUUGGUGAUUGACGGCAGAAGCUGCACCAACGUCGUCAACUUGGAGACUGUGAGGAAGUUGGCUUGAACACUAUCAAGCAUCACGAGCCCUACAGCCUGCAUUGGCUGAAUGAUUAUGGAGUUCUGAAGGUGACGAAACUGGCAUGGGUUGAGUUUGCAAUCGAUCAAUACAAGGAUCGAAUUCUUUGUGAUGUAGCUCCUAUGCACGUAGCUCAUAUACUUUUGGGAAGACCUUGGCAGUACGAUCGUGGAGUUACCCACCAUGGCAUACCAAACUGCUAUACUUUUAAGCAUGAAGGAAGAAGCUCAAACUGACACCUCUGUCACCGAUCGAGGUUCGUGACGACCAAAGGCAACUGGAGUCCAAUUGAGCUCAAGGGAAGGAAAGGAAGGGUACAAGGACGAGUUUAAUUGCCCGAAGGCUGGUGUUUACUGCUCUACGACGAGAAAGUAGCCCACACCGACCGAGAGGCAACAACUCUGUUCCUCGUCGAUGGCGAGACAGAGGAGGAGAGAGGGUUUAUUGGGUUGAGACUUGGGAAGCAAGUCAAUCCAUUCCGACGGUCCAGAAACCUUCUCUAAAUCACCGGGAAGCACUCACAUGAAUCCAUUGGCAUCGAUUCAACCUCAAUCAAUGGAUCAGAUUCGAGCCAAAAAACCCCUAGAAACGAGCAAACACGACCAAAAUUCGGGGUUAUUGGUUGAGAGUUUGGGCACGAUUCGAUCCAAACUGCUUAUGCGGAACCGAUGAAGGAAUUCCAAGGAAGCUGUAGAAAUCGUCAAUUGAAUGUGGCGAUACCGAAAUCAAAAGCCUCAAAAUCAAAAUCGAAAAUCUUGGUUUCUUCUUUUUGAAUGACGACGAUGGCGGGAAACUUCAAGUUGGCGAUUCGACAUUGAUGGAGGAGAGUCAACACUCGAAUCCGGUACAGAACUGCGAUUGGAAGCCAGGCGAAUCUCGAAAAAGUGUCGAAUUGUGCUGGAGAUCCCUAAGGACGAAAGCCCCAAUUUGCUCGACAAAGAACAGUGUUCUCGAGUUAAGCACAAGGUGUUCGAGCAACCGAUAUUGGAUCCGAUUUGGGAUCAAUUUUGUGAUUCUUUUGAAGCAAAGAAUGCCCAAACUUCGAGGGCAAAGCUUUUUCAACAGGGGGGCUGAUAUGAUCCCAAAUUGCUUGCUAUUGAAGCUUCCAUGGAUUGAUCAAGAAGCAAGGUCAUUGAGGAACAAAGAACAUAACAUUUGUCUAAGUGUUUUUUAUGUUUCAGGUUACCAACUUUGGAGGUUUGGUUCUUUCAAUUCAUUCAAUGGAAAUUCGAGUUUGAUGGCUUGUUUUGAAGGUGGAGUAUCUCUAUGCAAGAUGGAGGGCCUAGAAGUUCAAAAUGAAGUCUGGAAGACCAUGGUUGAAACUCUCCAAGUUGCCAAGUCAAAACCGAGAAUCUGCCUAUUUUUUGGCUAAGGCAAAUGACGAGUUCAAGGUGCCUACUUUGGAGCCUAAUAUCUAGAGUUUGGGACACAUCCAGAUUCUGAUUCGAGUUGGGAUGGAAACUAGAACACUUUCUAAACCCAGGGAAGGAAUUGGAUGAGAUUGAAUCAACUUGGAAGACCAUUUUCGGGGCUCCCAAAGAAGCUCCCUCGAACAUCCAGCAAUCCGAAUCUCAUAAGGAUUCCUAGUCCUAUUCGGAUUACAUGUGUAAUUUAGUUUCUUUGUUGAAUUAGGUUAAUUUACGUAGUCUUUAGCUUUGUUUGCAUUUUUUUAAGCCUAUAAAAGGCCUCAAUCGUG